AUGUAUGGAAUAAACCAGCGCUGUGUUUACAUCUCCUUCCAUUUGUUCGUGCUGUGGUGCCAUGCUCAGGGGGAGAAUCACCCGUCUCCUAAUUUUAAGCAGUAUGUGAGGACGCAGGGCGCAGUGACGGACCAGCUGAGCCGCAGGCAGGUCCGGGUCUACCAGCUCUACAGCCGCACCAGCGGGAAGCACGUGCAGAUCCCGGGCCGCAGGGUGAGCGCCACCGCAGAGGACGGGAACCUGUUCGCUCGCCUCUUUGUGGAGACGGACACCUUUGGCAGUCGAGUGAGAAUCAGAGGUGCAGAAAGUGGGCUCUACCUCUGCAUGAACCGGAAGGGCAAACUUGUUGGAAAGCCCAACGGCCGGAGCAGGGACUGUAUCUUCACAGAGAUCGUACUGGAGAACAAUUACACGGCGUUCCAGAAUGCCAAGUAUGACGGCUGGUAUGUGGCUUUUACCAGGAAAGGGAGGCCCAUCAAAGCGUCCAGGACGAGGGAAAACCAGAGGGAGGUCCAUUUCAUCAAGAGGCUCCACACGGGCCCGCCCCCCUUCCCAAACACAGACCAAAGCAAACACUUUGAGUUCAUCCGAUUUCCGGCCACUCGUCGAGCGAAGCGAAACAGGAAAUCACCUCCUUUCUCUUCCUAA